GAUUAUGUGCAUAAUUAUUGCUGAAUCAGCAUUAUUUUUUGCAACAUUUUCGUCAUGCCUAGCUGGAUGGGGCUCAAUCUGCAGCUAACGCUGCUUUACCUGCAAGUAGUGCUCACUAGUUAGAGUUGUGCCAAGAAGUAUUGUUUAGUGUUGGUAGUUUCAGUGCUUAGUAAGUGUGCAAAGACGGAGAUAUAUGUCUCACUGACGACAAUUGAUCAAUUUGGCAGCUCACUUCUCAUGACCACCACUCCGUCCGCAAGCGAGUUAUUCUUUCCAAAUUUUUGGGAGCUGUUACUUUCUUUCUGAGAGUAAUCAACAGUGCUUUCGGAAGGCCUCUUCUGUGCCCAAGUUCUUAAGUGCUUUAUCAUAAUUAUAGAGCUUCGUUAGUUGUAUACAAUGUAUGCAUAGAUCAAGAACUCUAUGUAAUCAUGGAACUGUACUGUUAAUGCAUAUUGUAUUUUUUGAUCCUUUGAGUUCGCCUUGAGCUAUAUAGAGUGUUAAAUUUAAAAUGACUUUGUUAUACUGAAGAGUGUGCACUACAAUCUACCAAGCAAUUUUUAACUUCAAGCAAAAGCUAGCUAUUAUAAACUUGCAUGCAUGUGUUUUGAAUCUGAAUGGUUUCACUCUUGAUAGUUGUUAGGCUUCUUGCAUGUAUACACUGCCAUGCAUUACUACCACUCGGUCGUAUCGUAUAGAGUUAGCUUAAUAUACUCUUGAAGGGAAUAGUGGUUUAACUUGCAAUGUUGCAGCAACGGGGCCGGCUUGUGCUCAAAGGUCACCAAUUCCGAAAUGUGUGGGAGUUUAAUAUAACUUUUGCAUGUUCUCUGUGAACAUGUUAAUUUCCACAAUAUUUACAAAUACAGCCUGAGGCUCAAAAUUUAGAUCCUCGAAAACUGUUUCGAGAUAAAUAUAGCCUAUAAUUGUAUAGCAUUUAGCCUGAUAGCAAUUUCCUAUACUGACCCUAAAUGUAGCACAACUUGAAUGCGUGUAUAGACUUCAUUCAUGCACUUGUUUCUGUGUUCGUGAGUUGAAUUUAUACUGCAAUUACGGACCUUGGGCCUUCAUAAGUAAUUGACUCUCCAAUCGAGAUCACAUGACAGUUUAUUAUGAUCCAACUAAGUGGCAUAAUUGUAGGAAUAAAAGGACUAUCCUGUAUAGCUACUACAUUUUUGCUACAAUGUAUUAGGUAAAUGGCUUCACCUCAACCCAUUUACAUACCUUGGCGUCUAUACAUGUAGGGAAAGUACAGCUCAUAGAUAUAAGUUGCAUUUUUAUUACAUCUUUCCGAGCAGUAUACAUAAUCAAAGGAAAACCUGAUAGAGACAAGGUAUAUUUGCGUUGAGGUCGGCCCCAGAAGUUAUGUGGUCAAUUAUGGCUUCAUUUAUGGUUUAUGUGGUGGACAAGUGGUCUUCUACAUAGAAAAUGCUAACUUUUAGCUGGUUGAAGCUUAUCAGCUCUACAGCAUAUCGAUAGAAGUAUUUUUUAACAAAGAAUCCAAUGGUAUAUGAAAUUGUGAAUUUCAGUAAAGUAUGACAAAGUUAUGAUAACAUUAUCAAGGUUAACCUCAACCCACAAAUAGACUUUAGUAUAGACUACUGCUUGACAUUAUUUAUGUUAUUGCUCUAUGAAAUAUGUAAAUUCUUGAAAGGGGUUGGGUCUCUCCCAUGCAACUGACAUAUUACUGAUGAUUACAAACUGAAUCACAAUACAUGCAGGUUUCGAGUCUGUCCCUCUUCCAUUAAAUUAAUUGCAGCAUACAUGCACUCCAUGCAUUGAAAUGGUGUAGUGCAUGAAACCAGCUGGUUCAAUUCAUCGAUCAGACAUGCGAUCAAAAAGUGUUCCCUCACAUAAUUAUACAAAUGGCGAAUUGAUUGACUAUUUGUCUAGUUCGGUUUAAUUUAACCUCUUUAUAGGUGACCUGACCAGAUUUUAUAACUUUUAUUGUAGCACUAUAUAUAGAAUUGCAGAAAAUAAUAUCCGUAAUUGCAGUAAGAUGUGCAGUAGAACCUGUCUACUGACGAGAUAGGUCCAUACUUUCUUCUCUAGUUGAUUGUUCACGUGCGAGAACACUGUUUUAAUAGUGUAUAUCCACGGCUUGGUUGGCUUGUGGAGACACAGCAUGGGAAGUUGGGUGGGUAUAGAGUGCUGUGAGAUAGAUGGGAUCUGGUCUUACUUCCACAAUAAUGUGGACAGGAAGUAAGUACUGCAUGGAAUGAGUUAUUAAAAUACUCUUGGAAUUGUAGGAUGACACCAAGACAUGACGAGGUUGGUACCAAACUGCAGCGUACACCCUCAGCCACCCACCACAAUACAUUUCGGUAGUUAAGAACCUCCCAUGCAUAUUUUAGCAAUGGGGCAACGCCGAAACACAAGAAAGAAGUGGCACUUUACGACAUGCCUCGAUUUUAUUAAUUUUGUGCACUGUCUGUGACAUUUAUAAUGGCCCAAUGCAGCACCAUUAAUAUUUUAUGUCCAAAACAUACAGACAUUUUUGUUUACACACAAUGUAAAGCUCACAAUGUAAAGCUAUAAUAGUUGUGUCUACCCAUUCCCAUUCAAUAUCUUGUUUUAGUGGCCUCUUAUGUUUGUGUUUUUAGCUUAACUAUUUGAAACAGCCAUAUAUACAUGCAAGUAUAAUUAUAAUUACCCUGUGAGUGUGCAGCAGGGAUAGAGUGAUGUGUGUCGGUUUAUUUAUGUGUGUGUGUGUGUGUGUGUGUGUGUGUGUGUGUGUGUGUGUGUGUGUGUGUGUGUGUGCGUGCGUGCGUGCGUGCGUGCGUGCGUGCGUGCGUGCGUGCGUGCGUGCGUAUGGUCAUGGACACAAAAAUGAGUUGUUUGAGCAAACUAGACACUUUCAUGGACUGCUUAAACUGCUAAUGAGAUAAUGUUCAAACGAAUCCACAAAAAAACACUGUUUUCUAAUCGAUCUAAUCGUUGCUUUAUAGAUUCACAAUCAUUCCCCAUUCACCCAAAAUGACAAUGAUAAUAAGGCCAUUGUGCAAUGAAGCUUGUUACAUAUGGCUUUGAUAAGAGGGUGAUAGAAUUACUGUGUUUAUGUGAGCUUAAGAGUAUCAGGUUAAACAGGUAAUAUCAUAUCCUGUGCAAUAAUCUUUGAACAAUGCUGCAUUCCUAGAGAGCACCGCUAAAAAAAUGUAUCAUCAAAAUGGAGGGAGUAGCCACUUCCCCUAUAGAAGUACACUUAGCCAGGAUGGGAUCGUUAAGAAUGCUGUCAUUCAUACACAUUUACGUCAAGGAUUACAGACGUAUAAAAAUUGCAUAAAUAUUAACAGAAGUCUCCUUACGUGAAUAAGAGUUUUCUUGAAUGGCUGAGCCAAUCAAUGGAAGGAAUUGUUACAACACUCAGUCUUACACCACGGCUUGCAACAGUGUGAUAAUGAUACGUAGCGAAGGUCAAUGGGUUAAUCUGUGCAUGGUACUCAGUUUUGCUUGCACUCCAGCUCAGGUGAUGAAUGCAUGUGUGUAGCAUGCACGUCAUGUGAAAACCGUGUGGGGCCUUUAUGACCUAAACUGAAUAUAGCUAUAGCAGCUGUUUUGAAACUGGACUACAAUGAAUUAACGAUGGACACCAUGCAUGUAGGGUAUAAUUUUAUUUGUACAGUGGAACCUCCAUAGAACAGACACCAUUGGGGAACAGCCUUUUAGCUGUUAUAGAGAGGUGGUCUUCCUUGGGAGGUUUCGAUUGCCAGCCAUGCACGGGGUGGAUCAAUGCCAUAGAACCGAUUUCUAUCAUACUGCUUGUCUCGUACAUUAGAUAGGCCUAUACUCUUUCAUGCCAGCUGAAGAUAUUGCAUUGGCAUUUGUAAUAGCAAGAAUCUCUUUAGUAAUAUCCUGUUCAAAGGCUGAGUACAAAUUUUCCCCAUUCAAAUUGUCCAUGGUUACCACUUUUAAAAGAAUUCCACUAGCAUGAGUAGCAUGAGUACAAGCUCCUCAAAUUACAAUGAGCAUGCAGAUAAUCUCUGGCUGCAUGGUGGAGAGCAAACUUGCAUUCUUGUAUUACCUAAUUAUUGCUCCAUACAAGCUAGCUAUAGUGGAGUAUAUAAAAAGAACAUUUCUUUGGUUCAGUCAGUCAGACCAAAACACCUCCAAGAAAACAACUUCUUCGAUUGCACAGCCUAUAUAAAGCUCACCACUCUCCGAAAUGGCUUCUUCAAUCCGUAUGCUCUUUGCAGCAGCUGUACUGCUAUUCACCACCUGCAAGGCAGCCCCCAUCGUUAGGAGACAAUCAACUAAUGAGUCGGAUGCACUAACAAAUUAUGCUCUAGGACUGAUUAUUGGAACUCAUAUUGCAAAUGCCUCACUUGUUGACCGCCUCACAAAUCACUCGGCGAACCUCUCAGAGUCCGCCUUUGGUGCAGUCCGGAUCGCUUGUACUCUCCACUCUGGCUACAAGAACAUUGACGCUCUCUCACCCAACGACUCUGCUGACGCCUUGAUUAUACUCAUUUCUGAGAAGAUCCAAGAAGACGCUUGUGAAUUGCUCAAGGAAGAAGUUGGUCCCUCUGUUUUUAGUCUGGAUUGUGGGAGUGAGAGUGUGUUUAGUGAUUUGGACAACAUCUGUGCUCUCUGGGACUACUCGGUCAUGGCUCAGUCAAAUGCCGACAACUUGAAGGUUGUCACGGGAACUCGAUGCGAUUCCGAUGAGUCUAUGAAGAUAAAAUGUGACGAAUGGAUUUGCAAUCAUAAUCUUCAAGACAACGAUUCUAUUAUGAGGGCUAGCCUCACCCCUGAAGAGUGUCCAUAAACCACAGUAUAAAUUUCAUCCCUUAUCAAAUUACAAUAAUAAUUAUUACCAAUUGAUCAUAUUUUCUCUGUUGUUAGAGAUUCACACAAUUAAAAUUAUUAUUAUUUCUUUGCUAUGGAAUAGUUAUCAGAAUUUCAUUGAAUGACAUUGUGGCUUAUAUCUGAACUUAUUUUGUCUGCAUGAUUGUGUAUUGCAUGGACAGGUGUCACAGUGUUUGUGAGUUUCAAUAAUUAUGGUAAGCUCGUGCACACUUAGCAACACACCGACCUUGGUGCUCCGGUGUAGAUUCUCAGUUGGUACGUACUAUAAUGAAAUUAUGUAUUGAGCAAUUCUAUAAGCCAAUGGGAUUAA